UCUGUGUGUGUGUGCAUGUCUAGAUGUGUCUGUGUCUGUGUGCGUGUGCUCUUCAGUUUAGCUUCAGGGGGUAAUCUUCCCCAUGCACAGCCACAGCGCUGGUUUAGAGUAGGCAUUACAAUCGAUUUCAGAAGGUUUCCCGAUUCCCCCCUAAAUUAUCCCGCAGUUGCUAGGCAGAGUGACGUAGACGGCAACGACGGUCCUGUAGAGGGGAGUGACGUCAGCCUUUGUUAUGGUUUCCGAGGAGCUGGAGGACUGAAGGCGUGUUUUUUUUUUUUGUUUUUUUUUAAAUUUUUUAAUAGUAAUACAAAAAAAUAUAUAAAUACAAAUAACACACGGCAGAAAGAAAUUCCUCACUCUCGCCAGCACCAGCACGGAGGCCGAGCCGGGGUCAGGGGUCCGCAGCAGGCCUCCCCUCAGCCCGGGGACUCCGGCUCACCCACUGGGCCCGGGGACGGGUCGAGCUGGGAAGCGGUGUAGGCUGCGGCGGAGGGAUAGGAGUCGGCGCCGGGGCUGGCAGCUUCAGGACCGGGUCUUAGUAAAAGACGGCGGCUGGCGGGGGAGGUUCGAGUCCGGACCCCGGGAGGAAGGGGCCGGCUGCAGCAGCGAAGUCGAGUACGAGACCGCGUCGAGGUUGAUGGACCCGGCAAACAGCUGACAAAGUGUAUGGGGACCAGGAUAUGCACAAUGUGGUCCAGAAACACUGUAUGGACUAUUUGAUGAAAAGUGCAGACUACUUCUCCAAUUACGUGACAGAAGAUUUCAUGACAUACAUCAACAGAAAGAGGAAAAACAACGGUCACAAGAAUCAUAUAGAGAUGCAGGCUAUGGCUGAGAUGUACAACAGACCUGUGGAGGUCUACCAGCACGGCACAGAACCAAUCAACACGUUUCACGGCAUCCAUCCGGACAAAGACGAGCCGAUCCGAGUCAGCUACCAUCGCAACAUCCACUACAACUCUGUGGUGAACCCCAACAAAGCCACCAUCGGCGUGGGGCUGGGGCUGCCUGGCACCAAACCAGGAGGGAUCACUGUCUGGCGGUCUGGGAGGAUGAUGAGAUCAUGGCUUUGGUCCUGGCUGUGUCUCAACAGGAGUACCUGGACAGCAUGAAGAAGAACACGAUGCACAGAGCACCUUCGCUGGAGAAGAGCUGAUCCCCCGGAUCCAGAAGAGCUGAUCCCCCGGAUCCAGAAGAGCUGAUCCCCCGGAUCCAGAAGAGCUGAUCCCCCGGAUCCAGAAGAGCUGAUCCCCCGGAUCCAGAAGAGCUGAUCCCCCGGAUCCAGAAGAGCUGAUCCCCCGGAUCCAGAAGAGCUGAUCCCCCGGAUCCAGAAGAGCUGAUCCCCCGGAUCCAGAAGAGCUGAUCCCCCGGAUCCAGAAGAGCUGAUCCCCCGAUCCAGAAGAGCUGAUCCCCCCGAACAGAACAGAAUCCUGCAGAGGAAGCCACAGAAACAUCUUUAUUUCAUCAUGAGGACUUCCAGACAGCCGUCUCCCUUUGAUUCCCCCCACCCGCACCCCAGUAUCAUAGUCGGUGCUGUACCCCUACCCUCUGACCCCUAGCCUUUUUUUUUUCCCUCUCUCCUGUUCCCUAGAUGCCAUCUGACUUAUUUUAGGUGCAUCUUUAAAAAUAAACAACAAACGACAGUACACAGGGAAAAAAAAAAAAAAAAAAGCAAACCUAUUGUAAUGAUGUCAUACUUCUUAA